AUGGCCGAACAUAUCUCUGACCCUACAGGUCUGCGCCGGAGCACUGGCUACAUGCCAAUCGAGCAAUAUGGUCUGAUAGGUAAUAUGCAUACCAGUGCUCUUGUGGCAAUUGAUGGUGGAAUCGACAUGAUGUGCUGGUCCGACUUUGAUUCACCAUCCGUCUUCUGUCGUAUGUUGGACAAAGAUAAGGGUGGCCACUUCACUAUCAGUCCCCCUUCGGGAUUGAAGAUCACAACCAAGCAACAGUAUCUCCCAAGCAACAACAUUCUGCAAACCAGAUAUAUGAACGAUGAUGGUGUUCUGACACUCACCGACUUCUUCCCUCGACCUCUGAAAAUGGAUCAUCUUGACUCUACGGUUGGCCGAGGCGCCACAAUCGACCCUCGAGGCGAGCUCAAGAAAUGGCUUGUUCGCAGAGUAGAAUGUAUCAGAGGUGCCACGGACGUCAACGUUGAAGUGUUCCCUGCCUUCAACUACGCUCAGGACUCACACACUACUGAGAUCAUCAAGACUGAUGAUGAUGCACAGCGAAUUGUACACUUCCGCUCUGAGAACUUGUCUCUGGAGCUCGUAGCCACCAUUGACUGUGGCGACGAUGCUCCUUGUCCAGAGCUCACCUUUUCCAAGAAGCACAUUGACGGCUGUUCCCUGGGCGAAGGGGUGACUGCAACGAUUAAUCUCAAGGAAGGUCAAUCCGUUUCGUUCGUACUCAGGGACCUCGAAGAGAAGAACAAAGAGACCGUCUCUACUGCACUUCUUGACCAAGUUCAGAAGGACACCUCCGUUUACUGGUUCAAUUGGAUCUCAAAGUCAAAGUACAAAGGACGUUGGAGAGAAGUGGUUAGUCGCAGUCUGAUGAUCUUGAAGAUGCUUACGUACGAGCCAACUGGAGCCAUCGUAGCGGCACCCACUUUCUCUCUGCCCGAAGACUUCGGAGGUGGCAGAAACUGGGAUUACAGAUUCUCCUGGGUCAGAGAUUCUUCUUUUACCAUCUACAUCCUCCUCCGUAUGGGCUUCACCGAAGAAGCAGAAGCCUACAUGAACUUCCUCAGCGCCCGCCUAAUCGACUCUCCCAAACCCGACGGCGGCCUCCCAAUCAUGUUUUCCAUCCGCGGCAGCACCGACCUCCCUGAAAUCGAAUUGUCUCAUCUCUCCGGCUACCAAGACAGCAAACCAGUCCGCAUCGGCAACGGCGCAGCUUUCCACAAACAACUAGACAUCUACGGCGAAAUGAUGGAUAGCAUCUACCUCUACAACAAGUACGGCAAACCCGUAAGCUACGACCUCUGGGUCGCGGUAAGAAAACUCACAGAUUACGUCUGCGGCAUCUGGAAAGAAACCGACAUGUCGAUCUGGGAAGUCAGGUCCGCACCCAUGAAUUACACAUACUCCAAAAUCAUGCUCUGGGUAGCCAUCGACCGCGCCCUACGCCUAGCAGAUAAACGCUGUUUCCCCUGCCCCAACCGUAUGAAAUGGCUAGAAGCUCGCGAUGCCAUCUACGACGACGUCAUGGAAAAGGGGUACAACCACGAUAUGAAAUGCUUCAUCCAAAGCUACGAGAGCAAUGAAGUACUCGACUCCGCCGUCCUGAUCGCCCCCUUGGUCUUCUUCAUCGCCCCCAAUGACCCCCGCUUCACAUCCACCCUCGAGCAAAUCCUCCUCGCGCCCGAAAAAGGCGGCCUCACUUCCACCGGCCUGGUAUACCGCUACAACACGAUGAAAUCCGACGACGGCGUGGGCGGCCGCGAAGGUGCAUUUUCAAUGUGCACGUUCUGGUUGGUGGAAGCACUCACCAGAGCUGGAGCUUAUGAUAAAAAAUAUCUGAUCAAGGCCAUCAAUAUUUUUGAAAACAUGUUGAGUUUUUCUAAUCAUCUGAACAUGUUUUCAGAAGAGAUUGCGAGGAGCGGGGAGCAGUUGGGUAAUACGCCCCAGGCGUUUUCGCAUUUGGCGCUGGUUAGUGCUGCGUUCAAUUUGGAUCGUGUUACUGGUGGGAGUGGUGGUAUGUAA